AUGACACAACGCAAAGGCGAGAAGACGACCAUCAGCAUCCAGGAGCACAUGGCUAUUGACGUGUGUCCUGGCCCCAUUCAGCCCAUCAAGCAGAUCUCUGACUACUUCCCCCGCUACCCGCGGGGUCUGCCCCCCACAGCACCGCCGGCCCUUAGCCGCACCGGCUCCCUGCGCUCCUCCGCCGCCAGCCAGCAGUCCGACGGGCCCGCUGACCAGCCGCGCGCCGAUGACGACCCGGACCGAGCCUUCGGCGCCGGAGCCGCCGCACCGCCUGCCAGCCGGAGGGACGAGGAGCCGGAUGUGGAGGGCUACGACUCAGACGACUCUACUACCUUGGGCACUCUGGACUUCAGUCUACUGUACGACCAGGAGAACAAUGCUCUCCACUGCACCAUCAACAAAGCCAAGGGACUCAAACCAAUGGAUCACAAUGGGCUCUCUGAUCCCUAUGUGAAGCUGCACCUGCUGCCUGGAGCAAGUAAGGCCAACAAGCUCCGGACCAAGACCCUCCGCAACACCCUCAACCCUGUUUGGAGUGAGACCUUGACCUACUAUGGCAUUACUGAUGAGGACAUGGUCCGCAAAACACUCAGGAUUUCAGUGUGUGACGAGGACAAGUUCCGCCACAAUGAAUUCAUCGGAGAGACUCGGAUUCCCUUGAAGAAGUUAAAGCCCAACCAGACAAAGAAUUUCUACAACUGUUUAGAGAAACAGCUGCCUAUUGAUAAAACAGACGAUAAAUCCCUGGAGGAGAGGGGAAGGAUCAUGAUCUCGCUGAAGUACAGCUCCCAGAAGUCUGGCUUGGUGGUGGGGAUUGUACGCUGUGCCCAUCUUGCUGCAAUGGAUGCAAAUGGUUUCUCGGACCCCUAUGUUAAAACGUACUUGAAACCAGAUGAGAACAAAAAGUCAAAGCACAAGACUACUGUCAAGAAGAAAACCCUUAAUCCUGAGUUCAAUGAGGAGUUCUUCUAUGACAUCAAAUAUGCUGACCUCACCAAAAAAACACUGGAAGUCACGGUCUGGGAUUAUGAUAUUGGGAAGUCAAAUGAUUUCAUUGGCGGAGUAUCGCUGGGAAUCAACGCGAAUGGAGAGAGACUGAAGCACUGGUUUGACUGUCUCAAAAACAAGGACAAGAAAAUCGAGCGUUGGCACACUCUAACCAAUGAACUUCCUGGUUCUGGAAUGAACGACUGAAGAAGACUCGUGAAAUGUCAGCAUUGGUGGAGCAAAUACCCUAAUUGUCCCUCGUUGUGUUGAUGUGAUCCCAGACAGAUCGACAGACGUGGCAUCCUCCAGCAGAUUACUGGCUCAGAGGUGGGUGUUGAGCCAACCUCCUCCCAGAUAAUAAAAAAAAAGUUGGUUAUGUUGCUCUCUUUACAUUGUUUCUGUAGUCUGAUGUCAGGGCUCUGCAUAGAUCCACAAAACAAGUGUCAUCAAAAAAACAUAGGAACCUCUAGGAAGGAAGGAAUUACAUAGGAACAUAGGAAGUGAAAAUGUACACCUCCUUUUAGAAGGCAAGGCAUGAUGUCAGCAAUCCUUCUUUCUUCCCCGUUCUCAACUGACCAACUAUUAGAAUGAUUUUUCCUUCAGAACUCAAGCUCAAGAUUCAUCUGUUGUUUACACAAUGUACAGUAGGCUGCAGUUCCACAUUCCUCCGCUGCCUGCUUGGUACCUAAGUACUUUGGGUGUGGACUUGAGAAAGCUCUGUGAUUUUUGUACGCCUCCGUGGUUUUGCACUGGUCAUGUUCCUUUCAGUCAGUCAGUUGUCAAAAAAAGUGAGUGAUCAAGAUUUGUUGGGUUUCAUUUGUUUUUAUAUCAAUUUUGUGGAGUAUCUUGUUGCUUUAAUGUUUUUGGUUGUUUUUUAAGGUAGAGUAUAAUCGAAGAACCCUGUCAAUAUACAAAAUAUAUCAAAUGAAUGUAAAUUAUUAACCAUUGUUUUCUAUGGUGUCUAAGUGUGCACCCAAGUGCUGUAUGUAAAAGAUAACAGAGCACACAGACAUUCUAAGUGAACAGCAGUGUCAGUGAAGGUAUACAGAAAACUGAUUUUGUUACAAUUUCUAAAUUACCGGUACAAAAAAUUAGGCAAAUGCCCCCACCAUAGCUAUGAGCUUGUCAUUAAGAAAUGUUAGCCACAAAGCUACGUGGCAUGUAAAGGAAAGUGGACAUCCAUUUGCCAUGUUUUACAAAGUCUUGGCUUGGCUUGACCACCAUAACAUACAAAAUUUCAAUGUGCCAAGGUCCCUGUGGAAAGUUCCUAUUGUAUUUGAGAUUAUUUGUGCUUUGUUAAAAAAUUGAACGCUCAAGAAAAGAAAUAUAGGAGACGUGGACAGCCAUGACUGAUAUACAGUACACAUUCAUCACAUUAAGUAUUAUCUCUUCUCUUCUUUUGGUUUAUGUGUGAGUGUAAACAUUGUGUCUUUUAAUAUUAACAAAUAUCAUGUAUUAACUGUUCAUUUAUUCGUCAGCUUCUCUGUAACUAUUGUGUGUGAGUUUUAGGCUAUUCUUAGAAGUUUAGACAGCUUAGCCAUUUUAGCUUCUACUGCAGACAUAAUCGCAACACUAUACAUACAUGUUCAUGAAUUUAUGUUUUAUUUUAUUUUUGUUAUUCUUGUUUAUUCUUUGUUAUAUUUUUACCUUAUUUGGUCAGGCUCCAAUCUCUUACAAUCAAACAGCAUGGAUACUGAAUUGAAUGGUUAGGAAUGAGCUGCAUGGCGGAUUGGCAGCGCAGCGCCACAAUACUGUCGGUAUUCAUUUGAAUUGCUUUGACCACUGCAAAGCCCAAGUUGAGCUCCAGCCUGCAAGGAUGUAUGUGCACCUACUCCGUACUACUACAGACUUUCUGUCUCAAUGCAUAUUCAGUACAACAGCCACACAGUGACACUUUUGUAAUCUGUUUGCCUUUGUAUUCAAUCUUCAAACUACAGAAAUGCAUGCAAUGUUCAUGGUUUGUCACAAAAAUGGCUUAAUGUUUGAUACUGCUGAUUUUUCUGUGAAAAAAAAUCUGGAUGCUACAAAGAAUGUCAGUGUCUUUUCUUGGACAAAGUUUUUGUACCUUUAAACGCUACUGCAUUGCCCGCCAGGCUGCUGUAUUAACCGGAGAUGUGACUGCAUGUGGAAGGUCUGUCUCUGUUUUGUUCCUUUUUUAACACUCAGGCAAUUGUUUGCAUAUUCUAGUGGUUCUCUGAUGAAAAACAAAACAAACAAAUGUACUCUCAACUCACCUUACUCUUGCACCAAUUCUGGCUGAAUUAUCGUGCCUUUUCUUAUGUAAGUGUGAUUUUUGCACCACUCACUUUACAGUAAUUCCUAGGUCUGUAUUAGCUUUUAAUAUGGAAAUGAUACAUAUUUCUAUUUCUGUCCCAAUAUUUGCCACGCAGUGACACAUUGGCAUUGUGUCAUUGCACUGUGUGUUGGCAGCAUUGAUGGCAAAGGUGCAAGGCUGAGGUGAACGGGGGACAGAUCCUGGUUUCUGGUAGAUGAUAGAAAGCCGUUAUUGUU